AUUCUCUUCUUUCUUUCUCUUUCCAUUUCCGUUUCCAAACGAAAAAGAACCCCUCAGAGAAUUGCACACAUAUAUAUAACUAACCUGCAAACAAGUUUUUUCUCUUCAUAAAAAUAAAGGCAACCCUUUUUAGCUUUCUUUUCAGAAAAUCUUCCUUUUCAAAACUAGUCCUUCUUCUUCUUCUUCUUCUUCUUAUAGCCGUCGUUUUUCUUUUUCUACUUUGAUGAUUGAUGGAUUGAAGUGUAACACUGAAUUGUUGUUUGAUUAGGUACGGAGUAGGUUGACAUAUGAGAUUCCUACAAGGUGUUGGGCAAGAGGAUAGUAUUUUCGUGAAUUUUGAGUAGUGAAGGAAUGAUAAAGUACAGACAAAAGUCAAAGUAAGUUUACAUAGAGUACAAAAUUUUUAGGGGGAAGGAAAAACUUCAUUCCUUCUUCUGCUGCAACUUCAAUGGAAAUCAACACUUACCAAACGCGUGCUGAGCUGCUUUUCCGAAGCUGCACGCUUUCAGAUUCUUGCAUCGUUUACUCGUCUGUUAUUGCUGGCAUUUUCGCAUGCAAACUGGUAUAUGAUCUUAGCAAGAUAUUCACCUCUAUUUACUUUAAGGUCUAUGCUGGGUUCUCAAAAUCCCAACAAGUUGAGUGGAAUAACCGGUCCAUAUCUACUGUUCAUGCAAUAUUCAUUACAGCCAUGUCACUGUACUUGGCAUUCUGGUCAGAUCUUUUCUCUGAUGAUCACCUCUCUGGCCUUGUCACUAUGCGGAGUUCCACUUUAUCAACCUUUGUCUUGGGGGUUUCUGCGGGAUAUUUUCUCACUGAUCUUGCUAUGAUCCUUUGGUUUUAUCCUUCUUUAGGUGGACUGGAGUAUCUGGUUCAUCACCUUCUCUCUAUGGUGGCAGUGACAUAUGCCCUGUUGACUGGUGUGGGGCAGCUUUAUGUGUACUUGGUUUUAGUUUCUGAGGCAACUACCCCUGGGAUCAACUUGAGAUGGUAUCUUGAUGUAGCUGGAUUGAAGAAGUCCAAAGCAUACCUCAUAAAUGGUUUCAUGAUGGUAUUUGCUUGGCUGGUUGCCAGAAUAUUGCUAUUCAUUUACUUGUUCUGCCACGUCUACAUGCACUAUGAUCAGGUUAAGCAGAUGCAUUCAUUCGCGAUUUUCCUGGUAUCUGUUGUGCCAUUUGUUCUUGCUGUGAUGAACUUGGUGUGGUUUUGGAAGAUUCUGAAAGGACUUAAGAAGACUUUAGCAAAGAGGCACUGAAGUUUGGACCGAUUCCCAUGACAUAUUUUCAAAAAACAUGUACAUACAACUUGUGAAAUCUCAACCCUUAUGAAAAAAGGUAGGUAGGACAGAAGUGGGGUUGCAGGUAGAAAAAAAAAAUAUACUUGUCUCCUUUACAUAGAAAUUGGAUACAUCAAGAAUUGAUUUGCUGAUCUCAACUUGAAAGAAAAGAUCAAUAGAAAGAUACUUUCGGAGUA